GUUUACAGUGCUUCGUCGUUCUGCCACUGUCGUUGUGACCUGGAAAUUCGACCACAAACACACUGGACAAAGUGGUGGUGCAGCGAUCAACAUUCUCUUCUUUUCUUGCCGCCUGCCUACCGUUGUACUUUCAGGAUAACCUACUUUUUAACAAGACUUCUCCUUUCGCAUCCACAAACCUAAGUAAACUCUUCGACGCGAUUCAGGAGCACGAGACCUUCAUUCGUUCAAGGCCAAUACAUAGCCUUUCCUUGGUUCCCGCUCGGUGCCACUUCGAUAGCACAGGCUCCUACCUCGAACGAACUGGGUCGACGAGCAAUUUCAUCGAUUUUCCCGUGACACUCGCACAAUGACUGCCAAUAUCGAUAUGUCACGACGAAACAAGAAGCCAAGGCAAUUGCUUGAGAAUGAGAGAGCGCGGUUGGAGGAAUUUAUCGACUCGAUCGGAUACUCUGCAAGGUACUCUGAUUCAGAGUAUGAAUACCGACACGUCCAACUGCCGAAAGCCAUGUUGAAAGCUAUUCCACGAGAUUACUUUGACGAGUCUAAGGGAACGCUGAAGCUCCUGUGGGAAGAUGAAUGGCGAGCCCUUGGAAUUACACAGAGUCUCGGAUGGGAACACUAUGAGGUACACGAGCCAGAACCACACAUUCUGCUGUUCAAGCGUCCGAUUGGGUAUCAGCCUCCAGCUCAAUGAUCAAGGAAUGUUUCAAGGUCACUCAAACAGCGCAGCAUUGGGAUGGCGUUAAUCUGUUGUUGUGGGAACUGUAUUCAAUUGUGCAUUCAGCGAGCGUGCUUACCAGGUUUAUAUGACUUGACUAAUGACCGCAAACGGACGGGAUUUGGGCACCAGAUAUUAGACGUUCAUUCAGGCCUUGCAUACCUAGUUCAACGAUCAAUUGUAACUCCCUGGGCAGCAGGCCAGAUACACUGCUUCAAUCUAAC